AUGGGUCAGUCGCACCUACUGUUAGUCGCCUUUGUUCUCCUUUGUCCUGGCGGGGAUUGCUCCUAUCAUAAUUUACUUCAUCAACUGAGGCGUGAACUUAACAUUGAAUAUGUUCUGCUUUUGGGCAACUUCGAUCCGACUUGGUUGGAUACCUUGUGGCAAAUUCCUAUUCCCGUGCUUCAAAUUAAAGAACACUCUAGGGAAACCUAUAAUUUGCUUGAAAAUCCGUCACAUAAUGUCCUUACAAUAGCUUUUGUUAACGAUUCACCGGAAGACAUACUGGAAAUUUUGUAUCGCAAUCUACGUAUGCUAAACACACAACCAGUGCUGUUGGUUAUAAGGAAAUCGACAAUUCGAGUAAAUUCGUUGUUGGAAUGGUGUUGGCACCAUCAGCUACUUAAUGUCGUGGCCAUUGCUCAAGAUUUUAUGGAGUCUUUGAUUGUCUACAGCUACACUCCUUUCCCCGUUUUGCAGUUUAUCGAGAGGCGUUUGGACAAUAGCACCGUAUUAUUCGAAAAACGAUUGGAAAAUCUUCAUGGCUAUGAGCUACCGAUUGCCUUGGGUGGAUCUUCACCCCGACUAAUUGUCUAUCGUGAUUCGGAGGGAAAACUGAUUUUCUCAGGACCUGUUGGUAAUUUCAUGAAGAGCUUUGAACAGCGUUAUAAUUGCAGAUUGGUUCAACCACAUCCUUUCGAUGAGUCUGCCAUUUCUCCGGCCCGUGAUUUAAUUGCUGCCGUGCGAAAUGGUAGUGUCCAAAUAGCUCUGGGUGCUAUUUAUCCCCAACAUCCAUAUACUGGAUUUUCUUAUCCCAUCGAACUGAUGAGCUGGUGCCUGAUGAUGCCAGUACCAGAGCAGGUACCUCACAGUCAGCUCUACAGCAUGGUAUUCAGUCCCAUGGCAUUUGGGGUCACUAUUGUUGCCAUGGUGUUGAUUUCAUUGACUUUAUCCAUGGCUCUGCGUCUUCACGGAUAUAGAGUCAGUUUUAGUGAGUACUUUCUUCAUGACAGCUGUCUGAGAGGAGUCCUGUCUCAAUCCUUCUACGAGGUCCUUCGAGCUCCAGCCUUGAUAAAGGCCAUGUAUCUGGUGAUCUGUUUGCUGGGACUGCUGAUCACCUCAUGGUACAACUCGUACUUCUCCACAUUUGUGACCAGUGCCCCCAGAUUUCCACAGCUCACUAGCUAUGAGAGCAUUAGGCAUUCUAAAUUAAAGAUAGUGAUUUGGAAGCCGGAGUACGAAAUGCUCCUGUUCCUUUCGGAAAACAUGGAGAAAUACUCGUCGAUCUUUCAGCUGGAAGAGGACUACAAAGAGUUCUUGCACUUGCGUGACUCUUUCGACACCAAAUACGGCUACAUGAUGCCAAUGGAAAAGUGGUCACUGAUGAAGGAGCAGCAGAGAGUAUUCAGUUCGCCAUUGUUUAGCCUGCAGGAUGACCUCUGCGUCUUUCACACCGUUCCCAUAGUGUUUCCCAUGGUGAAAAAUUCAAUAUUUAAGGAACCCUUUGAUCGCCUCAUUUUGGAUGUGACUGCGACGGGACUUCUGAGUCGCUGGAGAGACAUGAGCUUUACGGAAAUGAUCAAGGCCGGACAAUUGGCACUCGAGGAUCGAGGUCAUCCAAAGGAAUUUCGGGCCAUGAAAGUGGAGGACUUGAUACAGAUUUGGCGCUUUGUGGGAUGGAUGCUUGGCUUGGCCACAAUUGUGUUUCUUUUUGAGUUAUUUUGUUUUUGGCGACAUAAGAUGAGGCAGAACAUAAAAUAUAUAUUUUUAUAUCUACAAGCAUAG